ACUUCUUCUCCUGCUGUGUGCCAGGCUGUGCUUCGGUCGCUCCAAACAUGGCCUCCAUGUCGGAGCCGCUUCAACUUUAAUUUGUCUGCAGGUUUGCUCCUCCAGCGCGCCUCUCCGUGUCUCUCGGCCCUCGGCGGCCAAAGGAAUGUUUCCCGGGGACACGUGGCCCCGGCUGACCCGCGGAGCAGAGCUGAUCUCCGGGAGGAUCUCUGCCAACUGAUCGGUUGAAGUUUGAUCAAAGCUGGAGAAGAAGAAGAGAAUCUCAUCUAAGCAAAUGCCAUCUGAGGCUCAGUCUCAGGAGCCUCGGGACAGAGGACCGGCCCCGCCCGUCACCCGGGCCGGACGCAGCGCUCAGCUGGCCAAAGAGGCUGCCAUAAGCUCCGCCCUCGAGAGGCGGUCUCGUGGGCGACCUCGGAAAGAUGGGAGCAGCGGACGCUCUCCUCCUCCACCUCCUCCUCCUCCACCUCCUCCACCUCCCAAAUCAAGGAAGAAGGGGCGCAGUCGAGGCCGAGCCCAGGUAGAGGAUGAGGAGAGCAUGGACGCCCCGGAGAAGAAACCCCCCCAGAAGACAGAGGUGAAGUCAUCAGGACGUCGUCGGUCCACCUCCAGGAGAAAAUCCAACACAAAUCCCGACCCAGAGCCUGAACCUGAAGCCCCUCCCCCUCCCCCUGACCCCCCCACCCCAGAACCAGCUCCCAGCGCUGAGGAGGAGGAGGAGGAGGAGGAAGAGGAAGAGGAGGAGGACCGGACCAGCCCUGCUCCUGCCGCUCCGACCCCCGGACCUGCUCCCAGUCCCGGGGAACAACCACGAGUCAGUCCGUCCCCGGAGCCCGGCCCGGUCCACAGCCCCGCCCCCGUAGAGGACGGCUGUCCCAGCACGGUUCCCAUGGAGACGGAGGGGGGCGGGGCCAGCCCCGGCCUCAGUCCCUGCUCCAGUCCUCCGGUUUCCCCCUGUCUCCGACUGGAGGACGAGGACUCGCUGUCCCCCCUGUUCCAGCUGUCGGAGGACUCCGGGGGCUCGCCCACCCCCAUCCUGGGACACACCAAAAAACGUCUGAAGCAGUGUGCCUUCUGCCUGGGUGGGGAGGAGCCUCCUCUGGGGCAGGGCCGCCUGGUGGUGUUCGGGCCCACGCCGGGCUACAUCCCGCUCCACAUCCUCAACCGCCGCGCCUCCUCCGACCGCGACAACGACUGCCACGACCACUGCUACCGCGGCAACCAGGCCCCGCCCACGUGCAGCAGUCCAGAACAGUGUGAGUCUUCCUCAGAGUUGGUGGAUCAGCUGGGACCGAUCGGCCUCCCACAUGACAUCAACGUCCAAUCACUGUUCGACCCCACAGGUCAGUGCUGUGCCCACCUCCAGUGUGCGUCCUGGUCAGAGGGGGUGUGUCGUGGCGAGGGCCAAUCACUGCUCUAUGUGGACAAAGCCAUCGACUCAGGAAGCACGCAGGUGUGUGCGUUCUGCCGUCGCCUCGGAGCGUCGCUGCGGUGCCGGGAGGCCGGCUGUGGGCGGAGCUUCCACUUCCCCUGUGCUGCUGCCGCCGGAGCUCUACAGGACUGGACCCAGAGACACACACUGUGUACCAGACACACACACUCAGUGUCCUCUCAGUGCGUGCUGUGUUCGGGUGCCGGUGAUGUCAGCGGCCUGUUGAUGUGUUGUUGCUGUGGCGACUGUUACCAUGGCAGCUGCCUCGACCCCCCUCUGGCCCCCACCCCUCUGUGCCGGGCCGGCUGGCAGUGUCCUCAGUGUAGAGUGUGUCAGAGCUGCAGGUUGCGAGGGGAUGACGGUGUGUUGCUGGUGUGUGAGCGCUGUGAUAAAGCCUACCACACACACUGUCUCACACCACCUCUGGAUCACACACCGAGCCACAGCUGGAGGUGUAAGAACUGCAGAAUCUGCCGCCGCUGUGGUGUGAGGUCAUCGGGCCAGUGGGCCAAUCACCCGUUCCUGUGUGAGUCAUGUGACCCGGCCCUGCCCUGCCCUCUCUGUGACCAGGCCCCCGACCGCUCCACGCCACAGGACCGUCUCACCUGCACCAGCUGCUACAGGUGUGUCCAUACAGAGUGUAUCGUCCAGGCUGGGGAGGGCAGGGCAGGGUCCGAAGAAUACGUCUGCUCCACCUGCAGGCCUCAGGAGGAGGAGGAGCCCAUGCCACACACUCCACUUCCAAACAGUCCUGCCUUGGCCCCGCCCCUCAGUCCCACACAGACCAUUAACAUUUCCCAGCAUCUAAGUCACACAGAGGCUCCCCCCAUCAGUCCUACUGCUCAUAGCCCAGUCCAGCUCCUCUGCUCAGAGCCUCCACAGAGUCCACCAGAGACCCUCUUCACACCAUCGCAGCAAAGUCUUAUGCCACCCCACCCUGAACCCACAGAGCUCCCACAUUGUCCUGCACCACCAGACCCUGAACCCACAGAGCUCCCACAUAGUCCUGCACCACCAGACCCUGAACCCACAGAGCUCCCACAUAGUCCUGCACCACCAGACCCUGAACCCACAGACCUCCCACAUAGUCCUGUUCUACCAGACCCUGAACCCACAGAGCUCCCACAUAGUCCUGUUCUACCAGACCCUGAACCCACGGAGCUCCCACAUAGUCCUGCACCACCAGACUCUGAACCCACAGAGCUCCCAUAUAGUCCUGUUCUACCAGACCCUGAACCCACAGAGCUCCCACAUAUUCCUGUUCUACCAGACCCUGAACCCACAGAGCUCCCACAUAUUCCUGUUCUACCAGACCCUGAACCCCAAGAGCUCCCACAUAGUCCUGUUCUACCAGACCCUGAACCCACAGAGCUCCCACAUAGUCCUGCACCACCAGACCCUGAACCCACAGAGCUCCCACAUAGUCCUGCACCACCAGACUCUGAACCCACAGAGCUCCCACAUAGUCCUGCACCACCCCACCCUGAACCCACAGAGCUCCUACAUAGUCCUGCACCACCAAACUCUGAACCCACAGAGCUCCCACAUAGUCCUGCACCACCAGACUCUGAACCCACAGAGCUCCCACAUAGUCCUGCACCACCAGACUCUGAACCCACAGAGCUCCCACAUAGUCCUCCACCACCAGACUCUGAUACCACAGAGCUCCCACAUAGUUCUGUUCUACCAGACUCUGAACCCACAGAGCUCCAACAAAAUUCAGAGCCAUCUCAUCCUGGUCUAACAAGGCUCCAACAAAGUCCUGCACCUUCUCUCUCUGAUUCCACUGAGAUCCCACAUAGUCCUGCACCACCAGAAUCUGAACAUACAGAGUUCAAACAUAGCCCUGCUCCAUCAGACUCUGAACCCACAGAGCUCCCACAUAGUCCUGCACCACCAAACCCUGAACAUAGAGAGCUCAAACAUAGUCCUGCACCACUAGACUCUGAACCCACAGAGCUUCAACAAAAUUCAGAGCCAUCUCAUCCUGGUCCAACAAAGCUCCAACAUAUACCUGCACCUUCUCUCCCUGAUUCCAUCGAGCUCCCACAUAGUCCUGCACCACCAGACCCAGAACAUACAGAGCUCCCACAUAGUCCUGCACCAUCCAAACCUGAACCCACAGAGCUCCAAGAUAGUCCUGUACCACCAGAUCCAGAACAUACAGAGCUCCCAUAUAGUCCUGCACCAUCCAAACCUGAACCUACAGAGCUCCAAGAUAGUCCUGCACCACCAGACCCUGAACUUACAGAGCUCGAACGUAGUCCUGCAGCACCAGACCCAGAACAUACAGAGCUCCAACAUAGUCCUGUUCCACCCAAAUCUGAACCCACAGAGCUACCACAUAGUCCUGCCCCACCAGACCCUGAACCCAUGGACCUCCAAAAUAGUCUUGCACCAUCCAACCCUGAACAUACAGAGCUCAAACAUAGUCCUGCACCACCAGACCCUGAACCCACAGUGCUUCAACAAAAUUUAGAGCCAUCUCAUCCUGGUCCAACAAAGCUCCCACAUAGUCCGGCACCUUCUCUCCCUGAUUCCACAGAGCUCAAACAGAGUCCUGAACGAUCUCACUUUAAUCUAACGGAGAUGCAACAAAGUCUUGCAUCAUCUCAUCCUGAUUCGACAGAGCCCAAACAAAUUCCUACCCAAUCGCAACCUGAUCCCGCAGACCUCCGCAAAAGUCCUUCACCAUGUCACCCUGACUCUACAGAGCUCCAACAAACUUCAUCACCAUCUCAAUCUGAUCCUGCAGAGCUCCAGGAAAGCCAGACUUCAUCUCAAGUCAGUCCAACAGAUCUUCAGCAAAACCCUACCCAUGUGACUUUGUUGCAGGCUCAGUAUAGUUCUUGUCAUCUCAGUUACACCUCUUCUAACCCGAACCAGAACUCCACCGAGGAUCAGCUCUUGGCUACAGAAUCUCAGCAGAGUGGGCGUGAGCCUGAGCAGAGCCCUCCACCACACAGUCCUGCAGGGGACGACUCCACGCAGCUUGACACACCGCGUAGUCCUGCUAGCAUCACCGACACACAGCUUCAGCACAGUCCCCCACAAAGACAACAUACUUCUAUGCCACAUAGUCCUGCACAAGAUGGCACAUCACCUGCACAGAGUCCCACACAGGAUGCUGAACGUACACUGGACCAGGAGAGCCCUGGAUCAAGCAGCCCUGCUGAGCUGCGAUGUGAGCCUGCACAGAACCUUUCUACACUGGACCAGGACCUCCCAUCUGCUGCCGCCCCGACAGCAAGAAGACACGCCUCGCUGAGGUCCACUUCAGCUCCAUGUAGCCCAUCACCAUCCCCACUCAGAGCAGCACAGUGUAGUCUAUCGCAGCCUGCCAGCCCAGUGCAGACCCACUCUACACAACCUUCCGGGUCUGUGCAGCUUAGCCUGCUUCCUCCUCAGCCUGCUACAAAGGAUUUCACCAAACCCAGCACCACAGAAUUGAAGUCAUUGGAGCAUGUCCCAAUGCAGCUGAGUCCCAACCUUGAUGACCAAACACUGGAAAGUAACCCGACCCCUCUUAGCCCCACCUCCGACCUACCCACAGUGCCCUCUGAUAGCCACGACACAGACCAGCAGGGUCCUGUUCAGAGUCCCCAUCACAGCCCCGCCACGCCCACACCAGAAAGCCUUGUUCACAUUAGCACUUCAAUUGAACACAGUAGCCUAGCUUGCUCACCUCGUGCUGAUGAAACGGAUGAAACUCCUCCGGCUGUCCACAUUAAUCUGAGUCCUGCUGACAGCCCAUCACACUGCACAGACGCUGUUGCUGGUGAAGCGAGCCCCUUACAUAUCCAGAGUAGUUCAGCGAGUGCUUGCCUCAGUCGUGCUAGUCAAAUGCCUCCAAACCCUGCCAGCACCAUCCAGGCCUGUUCUAGUCCCGUGUUAGUGGAGACAACUAGCCAUAUAGCUGGUGAGACUAGCCCUGUAACGCUACCAGCGAGCUGCUCUGAGCAACCAUUCGACUCCUCGGCACCUGUUGGAUCCUCAACGCAACCAACCAGCCCCUCAGCAGCAUCGGUUAUAUCCAUCCAGCUGGUCUCAUGUCAGGAUAAGGAGAUGGAGGUAGAAGCCGACCCCCUUCAGUCAAUAACCAGUCCCAGUGAUUCCAUAUCCUCUCCGGACUGCAGAGCUCAGGCUAGCCAAGUCUACACAGAAGCUGAGACUGGUUGCAGUCUGCUGGGCUUGAUGCAUGUUAAAGAGAGAACCAGUCUCUCAGUUUGGAGUUUUACAGAGCUCGCACAGACUCAGGCAAGCCAAAGUCCCACACACUUUGUCCAAACUAGCUGCAGUCCCUCUGAGACGAGCCACCUGCCAGCUCCGGCCAGCUGUAGUCCUCCACACUGUCCAUCAACUGAUAUCAUCCCAGUCAGUAGUUCUGUUAGCCACAGUCCACCUAGGUCUAGUCCUGCUGGUCAAGCUAGUCCUGUUCACAUACAAAGCACCUCAAGUGGUGCCCACUCAGGCCCAGUCCAAAGACAAACUCCCUCAUCAGCUAGCACGACGUACAGCAGCCCUGCACAUGCUGCUGUGGCCUGUGUUAGCCCGGGUCUCAGUCCGGCUCUCAGCCCAGCUCAUAGCCCGGCUCUCAGCCCGGCUCACAGUCCGGCUCUCAGCCCGGCUCAUAGCCCGGCUCUCAGCCCGGCUCACAGUCCGGCUCUCAGCCCGGCUCACAGUCCGGCUCUCAGCCCGGCUCACAGUCCGGCUCUCAGCCCGGCUCACAGUCCGGCUCUCAGCCCGGCUCACAGUCCGGCUCCCAGUCCGGCUCCCAGUCCGGCUGUCAGCCCGGCUCCCAGCCCGGCUCAGGCCAGUGAAACGUAUCGUAGCCCCCAGUACGGCCCAGGCAGUGGAACCAAUUCUGUCCUGACUGUGCCACAGCUGAGCCCCACUCUGGCUAGUUCAAGUCUUGAUGAGGACAUAAUUGCCAGUUCCACGAUCCAGAAUUCCUCUCUUCCCAUCGUGGUUCAGCUUGAUUCUGGUCUUGUUAAACCUACAGACAGUAUAGAGCGGAUGAGCCCUGCACCUGCCGGAUCCCUACCUGAAGACUCAUCUGCUGUUCAUCCCAACGGGGCUAGCCAGUCCCCAGAUAGUCCUGUCCCUGCCCCUGACAGGUCUGCUGCCUCUGGAAGCCCCUCGUGUCAAAGGCCAGCUGGCCCUGUUGAUGCUACUUCCACUGUGGCUAGCCGGAGCCAUGCUAGCCCUGCCCAUUCGAGUCCCACUCAGGAGAACACUGCGAUGCCUAGCACUAGCCACAUUGGUGAAAUGACCUCUGCCCCCUCACAGCUGAGCCCUCCUCAGCCUAGCUCUGUGCACACUUGCCUAGUUUCCAAUCCUGUUUGCAGCCCUGUGCAAUCAGGUAAUACACAAGUUAACCCUACCAGCCCUCUGCAGCCAGAGGCCAUCCCCAGUCCUGGACCUGGAGGCCCUGUGAGAGGGGAGGCCAGCCCUGGUCCUCAUUCAGUUAGCCCCAUUCUUGCUGCCCCUGGGCAUUCUGAAACCAGCCCUAGUCCUGGUCCUGGUAGCCCUGUGCAGGCUGGUCCUGGCCCUAGUCCUGGUCCUGGUAGCCCUGUGCAGGCUGGUCCUGGCCCUAGUCCUGGUCCUGGUAGCCCUGUGCAGGCUGGUCCUGGCCCUAGUCUUGGUGCUACUAGCCCUGUGCAGGCUGUUCCUGGCCCUAGUCCUGGUGCUACUAGCCCUGUGCAGGCUGGUCCUGGCCCUGGUCCUGGUCCUAUUAGCCCUGGGCAUUCUGAAACCAGCCCUAGUCCUGGUCCUACUAGCCCUGUGCAGGCUGGUCCUGGUCCUACUAGCCCUGUGCAGGCUGGUCCUGGUCCUGGUGCUACUAGCCCUGUGCAGGCUGGUCCUGGUCUUGGAGGCCUCUCUGUUUCCAGCCCACAGCGACAGGUGGCCGAACCAGAGUCUGCAGCCAGCGUGGAUGUCACCCUGGUGGAGCAGCAGCAGCAGCAGGAGGAGGAGACUGAAGAGGAGGAGGUGCAGAGAGACGAUCCCCGGUUGGAGGAGGUGGACGAGCCUCCACAGACAACAAAGCGGAGUCCAGAAGAGGAGGAGGAGGCUGACGGAGGGACGCAGGAGGAGCAGAGUCAGCACAGCAGCUCAACCCGUCCUCCUCCAGGAGUCCAGCUGGGGUCUGUGGACGAAGACCCUCCUCCUCCUGCCUCCCCCCAGCCCCCCUCACCACACUCUGCCUUACCUUCCUCCCCCCGUCCCCCUCCUCCUGGAGCUGGCUCUCUGGAGGUCCCCCCUCACAGGACUGCCUUACUCCCCUCCUGCCCCCCCCACACCCAGCAAGAGACUCCUACCAAUCACAGUGAAGCUGCCACAGAGGAGGCGGGGCUAGAGGAGGAGCCUCUCUGUCACGUGAUGUCGGCGAACGAUGAUGACGGCCAAUCACAGAGCCGGAUUGAACUUAAAGACACCAAAGAUAAGCACCAAUCACGUGCUGAGCCUUUAGAGGGGGCGGAGCCUCCAGAGCCAAUAGCAACAGACCUGGCAGAGGUGGUCGCCGGGCAACAGCCAAUGAGGGAGCAGGAGGAGGAGCAGGAGGAUGAGGAGGAGCAGGAGGAGGAGCAGUCAGAUGUGGAGGAGGAGGAGCCAGUGAGCCCCGUGCUGGAUCUGGAUCCGUCUCUAGACGAGGAGGUGAUGGCGCUGAUGGCCUCCUCGUCUCCUCCCCCCUCCCUCCUCCACCUCUCCUCCCCCAGCCCUCCCCCCGUCUCCCGUAGAGGGGCGGGUCGGACUCUCAGACCUCCUCCCUGCUCCUCCAGACCUCUGGAUGACCUCUCUCUCCGUCUGAGGCAGUCCCCCUUCUCCACCGAGGCCUCCCCCGAGACCUCCCCCACCAGGACUCCCGUCACCCCCCCUCCGCUGUCUCCGCCCUCACCUCCUCUACGCUACUCCCCCCUCGCCAGAGAGCUCCCACCUCUAUCAAAGACCCCGGCCGUCCCCCUCACCGUGCUCCCUCUGACUCCUAAGAUCGGGAUGGGGAAACCGGCCAUCUCCAAGAGGAAGUUCUCCCCCGGCAGAGCCCGGAUCAGACAGGGUUCGUGGUGGAGUAAUCGCAGGGCGGUGAGCCCCCCCUCGUCCUCCCAGGAUUCCAUGGGGGAGGCGGGGUGGGACAGCCCUAAGCCCCGCCCCCCGGACUCCCCCCUCUGGACCAUGAGAGUGGGUCGUGGCUCAGGGUUUUCAGGCAGGAGGAGGAGCAGAGGAGGAGGAGGUGUUGGAGGAGGAAGAGGAGGGAGAGGAAGGAGCCGGCUGAAGACUCAGGACUGUCUGACUGUGUCCCCUGGAUGUGUGUAUGUGGAGGCGUUCCAGCCGAAGGAGGAGGAGGAGAACUCGAUGCACAACACCGUGGUGAUGUUCUCCACCUCAGACCACUUCACCCUCCAACAGGACAUGUGUGUGGUGUGUGGCAGCUUCGGGCAGGGAGCUGAAGGACGUCUGCUGGCCUGCUCCCAGUGUGGACAGUGUUACCAUCCCUACUGCGUCAACGUCAAGGUGACGCGGGGUGGUGUGACGAAGGGCUGGCGGUGUCUGGAGUGUACGGUGUGUGAGGCGUGUGGCGAGGCCAGCGACCGACGCCUGCUGCUCUGUGACGACUGUGACAUCAGCUACCACACCUACUGCCUGGACCCGCCCCUCCUCACCGUCCAAGGGGCCUGGAAGUGCAAGUGGUGUGUGUGGUGUGUCCAGUGUGGCUCCUCCUCCCCGGGGCUCCACUGUGUGAUGAACAACUACAGCCGCUGUGGACCGUGUGCCAGUCUGAGCUGCUGUCCUCUCUGCCAGAGACAAUACACACAGGACGACCUCAUCCUGCAGUGUCAGCAGUGGGUCCAUGCUGUGUGUCAGGGUCUGAACUCUGAGGAUGAGGUGGAGGUUGCUGCUGAUGAAGGCUUCGACUGCUCGCUGUGCCGAACAAACAGCCGCGGCUCCUACGGCAGGUCAGAUGGUCUGGACUCUCCCUACAUGGCUCAGAUCAUCUCCAGGAUCAGAGAACCAGACUCUAAGACGUACACUCAGGACGGAGUGUGUCUCACAGAGUCCGGUCUGUCUCACCUGCAGUCUCUGGUCCAACCUCUGACCUCACCACGCAGGAGUAAACCCAAGCUGAAGCUGAGGAUCAUCAACCAGAACAGCGUGUCGGUCCUGACUCCUACUGACCCCGACCACCCGGCUGACCAGGACCCCGGCAGAGGUGACUUGGAGUGUGAGAUGAAAUCCGACUCCAGCCCCGAGAGAGACCACGCCCCCGACGAUGAUGUCACCAAGGAGCCUGAGAUCACCGACGGCAACAAGAAGAGGAAACGGAAACCCUACAGACCUGGUAUCGGGGGCUUCAUGGUGCGUCAGCGUGGAGCCAGGUCUGGUCCCAGCAGGAUCAAACUGUGUCGAAGAGACUCGACGGAGACGCUGGCGGCUCGAGACGAAGACGUUUCCAUGGAGACGGCGCCGGCCGCCGACCAGACCACGGAGAAGGCCAAGAAGAGGUACAGGAAGAAGAAGACCAAGCUGGAGGAGGCCUUCCCUUCAUACCUGCAGGAGGCGUUCUUCGGGCGGGACCUCCUGGACCGGAGCCGGCAGGUGGAGCGGCGGCCGGGCCCCGAGGCGCCAGGCGUCGGCCAAUCAGGAGCAGCGACGGGUGAUGUGAAAGGCCCCGCCCCUGGACCACAUGGCCCCGCCCCCUCAGGACUGGCGCCUGGCGCCGUGACGACCAACGCCGCGAAGAAACACGGAGCGCUGCCCAUGUCGGAGGAGCCUCUGUUGGAUCUCUCUGAUGUUCUCAACACUGAUCCUCACAUACUGGCCACAGGACACACAGCCGGCCUGGACAUGGAGCUGACAGGAAGUGGAGGACGCAGCCAGAGGACGGUGCAGGACGAGCCGCUGGACGCCAUCCUGAGCCCCGAGCUGGACAAGAUGGUCACAGACGGUGCCAUCCUCAGCAAACUGUACAAGAUCCCAGAGCUGGAGGGGAAGGAUGUGGAGGAGGUGUUUACUGCUGUUCUCAGUCCAAACAACAACAACAACAACAACCAGCCAGAGCAGAGCCAACACACACACACUGCUGCUGGGAGCAAGACACACACACAGCACGCAGCUGCUGUGUUUCCUCGUCUCCCUCUCAUGAACGGCCUGAUGGGAGCUGCUCCUCACUUCACCAACUCGCCCCUGAUGCCCAGCGGCGUCCAGACUCCCGCCGCGUUCAGGAUGCCGCCUCCAGAGAGCCCCGCCCCGGGACCGGCCUCGGCCAAUCAGGCGGCGGCGGCAGAGGGCGAGCAGGACGUGAUGUCAACGGCUCAGAGAGGAAUGUUGAAGUGGGAGAAAGAAGAAACCCUGGGGGAGAUGGCCACCGUCGCCCCGGUCCUCUACUGCAACACCAAGCACCCCAAACUGAGGGAGCAGCACCCUGAAUGGUCCACCAGAGUGAAGCAGAUCGCGAAGCUGUGGAGGAAAGCCAGCUCUCAGGACAGAGCUCCCUUCGUGCAAAAAGCUCGAGACAACCGGGCGGCUCAGCGCAUCAACAAGGUGCAGCUGUCCAACGACCCGCUCAAACGCCACCAGCCCUCGCCGCUGCAGCCGCCGCUGCAGCAGCAACAUCCGCCGCUGCAACAACAACAACAUCCGCCGCUGCAACAGCAGCCGCUGCCGCCGUCACCGCUGCCGCUGCCACCGGGGCCCUAUGACCCCCUCUCCAUGGAGGCGGACGGGGCGUUCAGGGACCCGCUGAGGCCCAGAGAGUCGGAACAGGAGCAGGAGUGGAAGCUCAGACAGGGAGAGGUAAAAGACAGAUGGGGAGCCGGUAAGAAGAGGCAGGAAAAUCUGACAGAUAAAGAUUGUCCCUACCAGGCGUCUGUAGCAGGAGGUGGCAAAGAGGCUCUGGUAAGAUCUCAAGGAGUUAAAGAAUCAGGUGACGGAGGUGUUUUAAACCGGCUUGGUGCUGCCUGUGGGCGGUCAGAGCGCCGCCGGCCCGCCUGGACCCUCCUCGCCGCGCCGCCCGCCCACAGGCAGCAGGAAGCGGCGGAGGUUAGAGGGGUCAGGGACAGCGAGCAUGUGAUGGUGUUGUUAACGUUCCUGUUGGAACCGACCGUCUCCACCUUUGUUCCUCAGCAAAUGCGUCAGAAGAGCAAGCAGCUGGCCAAGAUGGAGGCCAGCCAGAAGCUGGAGCAGGUGAAGAACGAGCAGCUGCAGCAGCGCCAGCAGCACCUCGCCGGCCGGCUGUCGCCCGACGCUGGCAGCCGCAGCCCCGCCACGCCGGGGGGCGGCACCUCACCCCUGCACCCGUCCAGGCAGCACCUCCUCCUGCACGGCCUGGGAGGCGCCGACGACGUCUUCCUCCGACCACAGGCCCCUCCCCCCUCCGGCUUCUCCUCGCUGCCUCACUCCCCCCUGCCCUCCUCGCCGCUCCACCAGCCCCCGUCCUCCCCUCAGGUGUUCUCCCCGCCCUCCUCCCGCCCCUCCUCGCCAUGGGACCCCUACGGUAAAGUGGCGGGCACGCCUCGCCCCGCCUCCUCCCAGACGCCCACGGCGCCCCAGCAGCAGCAGCGACACAACUCGCUCAGCGCCUCCCCGGCCCACGACGCCUUCGGCUCCCCCGCCCCGUCCCCCGACUCCAGGACCUCCGAGGUCUCCAGGACGCUGGGACCCCAACCAGGUGUGCAGCAGAGCCGGUCCGGUAUGAUGAGCCCCCCCUCUGGCUCGGCCCCGGACCUUUCGUCCAGACUGGUGGGCCUGCGAGCGGUUGAGGCGUACCAGAGGACGGGUCCCAGUGGCGCCCGUGUGUCUGAGCUGUACGGUCGGGGAGGGGACCUGGUCCAGGGCGGGUUGUUUAAAGCCCCCAUGCCCCCCCAGCUCCAGCCCCAGCCGGAGGUGUUUGGCAGCGCAGCAAGUGGAAGGAGGGACCCCUCCAGACCCACGGACCUGGGCUUCACCCUGCCCCAGUCUCAGGACGCUCCCUUCCCCUCCAGCCCGCUGUCCGGCCUGGGCUCCCCCCACCGCAGCCCCUACGGCCAGCAGAUCACUGACCCCUUCGCCCAGCAUUCACCUUUGACCUCCCGGCCCUCGCCUGACCCCUACGCCAACCCUCAGACUCCUGGUACGCCCCGCCCACAUUCUGACCCGUCCUACCUCGCCACGCCGCCCGCACUGAGACUUGACCAGUUCAACCAGCCGCCCUCCAACCGGCGGCCAUCCCCCUCCCACCCGAACCUCGACCCGUACGCCUCAAACCCAGGGACGCCCCGCCCUGCCGUCACUGAUCGCUUCCCACGGUCACCGGGGAGUCAGCGGAGCGCCGACCCCUACGCCCAACCCGCCGGUACACCGCGGCCCUCGUUGGACCCCUACGCCCAGCAGCCCUCCACGCCGCGGCCCCAGAAGGCUCCAGAGCCCUUCAGCCAGGCCCCAGGGGACAGCUUCACGUCUCAACCAGCAGGAUCCAGUUCGUCCCCCUUAGUCCCAGGACUGUCUGCAGAGACCUUCACCCCGACACGCCUACAGUCUCCAGGGCGACAGCAACAGGACUCAUUUCCCAGAACCCCCAGCAGCCAGACCCCAAAGCACCCUGGGAUGUCAGAGGACAGCAGCUUCCUGUCCGGUCAGACUCCGGGUCACGACCCCUUCGAGCAGGGUCACAUGACAGCAGGCCCCUCCCAGACGGACAACACCAUGACCAAUGAGAUGGCAGCUCUGGCCGGGGCCUCUCUGGAUGGACCAAUGAGUGCUCUGCCUCAGCUGGGGGACUCUGAGGAGAAGCUGAGACAGCGCCAGCGUCUCCGGCAGCUCAUCCUGAGGCAGCAGCUGCAGAAGAGCGCCUUGCGGCAGGAGAAAGGUCUGCAGGAGGCGUCUGGAGGAGGACCCCCCGCCGCUCCACCCGGACCCCCCUCCGGUUCUGCCACACCACGACACUGGUCCCAGGUGGACUCCUCCGCUGCUCCUCCAACAGACUUGUUCGGACGCCCCCCGCCUCCUUACCCCGGCACGGUGAGGCCGGCGGGGGCUCCAGCCCCCAGGUUCCCCGGAGGUUUCCCAGGAGAGCCGCAGAGGGGCUUCACCCCCAGCGAGCCUCCCUUCCCCAGGCAGAGCCUCCCCAGAGAGCUGGGGGUCCGAGGACCGGUCAUGAGGUUUGGUGUUCCUCCAGGAGCUCCAGGGAUUGUCCAGGACUCCUUCCUGCGUGCUCCCCAGGGAUCGGUGCCUGUGUCUGGGCUUGGUUUGAGGCCGGUGUCUUUGGACUUCACGGGGAUCCGUCCUCUCCCGGCUCCUGGUGCUCACAUGGUUCCAGGUGUCCCCCAGCCCUUCCUCCCCCGCUCCCUCCCCCUUCAGCAGCACAGCAUCAUGGGACAGCCCUACAUCGAGCUCCGACACCGGGCUCCUGAGAACCGGCUGCGUCUGUCCCUGUCGGACCCCGAGGCCCCGCUGCUCCACCCCAGAGACCCCCAGACGGCGGCCAGGCCGGGGGGCAGGGUGUGCGACCCUCCGCUGGGCCAGCACCUGGUGAUGGAGCAGCUGAACCAGCAGCAGCUGAACCAGCAGCAGCUGAACCAGCAGCAGCUGGGCCACGGCGCCGCGCUGAGCCAGAGCGGCGAGGCGGCGCUCCCCGGGCCCGACGGCAUGGAGGAGCACCUGGAGGGGGAGGACUCGGCCGUCAAGGACCUGGAGGACGUGGAGGUCAAAGAUCUAGUAGACCUCAACCUGAACCUCGACCCCGAAGACGGUAAAGAGGACCUGGAUCUGGGUCCUAACGACCUCCACCUCGAUGACUUCCUGCUCUCCGGGAAGUUCGACCUGAUCGCCUACGCCGACCCCGAACUCAACCUGGAGGACAAGAAGGACAUGUUCAACGAGGAGCUGGACCUGGGGGAGCCCGAGGACAAGGAGGGGGGCGGGGCCAGGAAGACAGACGGCUACGUCAAACAGGAAGUGCAGGACGCCGUCAAGACGGAAGGCGGGGACGGACCCUCCGCCUCCCAACCCGGGGCCCCCCCCCAGCCUUGUUCUGGUUCAGGGGCCCUGGAACAGGCUCCGUCAUCGGCCAUGGGUCCCAGGGUUCAGCCCCCCCCACCAGGAGGCCAACAGUCCGUCUUCCAGCAGCAGCAGAGACCGUUUGGACCCUCCCCCUCGGGUCUGUUCAACCCCCACCCUCUGACCCUGCAGCCCUCCCAGCCUCGCCUCCUCCUCAACCCCCAGACCCAGCUCCCACACCUGGGGGCCUCCUCCACCCAGAGCCAGAACCAGAACCAGAGCCAGAACCAGAACCAGAACCAGAGCCAGGACCAAGACCAGCACAGGCCUCUGCUCCUGGAAGAGCAGCCGCUCCUCCUGCAGGACCUGCUGGACCAGGAGCGCCAGGAGCAGCAGCAGCAGAAACAGAUGCAGGCCCUGAUCAGACAGCGGCCCACCCCGGACUCUGUGGGGCCCAACAUGGACUACGACUCUAUCUCCGACCCCAUCAUGAAGGCCAAGAUGGUGGUUCUGACAGGCAUCAGCAAGGUGAUGACGCAGGGCAGCCUGGGCCUCAGCCCCAUGGUCAUCAACAGGUUCCAGGGGCCCCCCGUGGCCCCGGGUCCAGAGGCCCCCCCCCAGCCUCCACACCUGGUGGGCCAGGUGUGUGAAGCGGUCCCAGCACGAGUUCUGGACGGGAAGCUGAACCCCCAGCUGGUGCGACCCAGCCCCCCCAGCUUCGGCCCCGGCUUCGUCAACGAGUCCCAGCGGCGUCAGUACGAGGAGUGGCUGGGCGAGACGCAGCGCCUCCUGCAGAUGCAGCAGCGCCUCCUGGAGGACCAGAUCGCAGCUCACCGCAAGACCAAGAAGUCUCUGUCGGCCAAACAGAGGACGGCCAAGAAGGCGGGCCGCGCCCUCGCUGAGGAGGACGCCACGCAGCUCCGCAACGUCACCGAGCAGCAGGGGGCCGUGCAGAAACAGCUGGAGCAGAUCCGGAAGCAGCAGAAGGAUCACGCCGAGCUCAUCGAGGACUACAGGACCAAGCAGCAGCAGCAGAGAGCUGCAGGGGCCCCCCAGAGCCUCCUCCCCCAGCCUCUGGUGUCCAUGCAGCCCCGCCCGGGGGGCCCCGUCCCGCCCCGCCUCCCAGUGGCCCCCCCUGGUUGGGCCCCUGGAGGCCGAGCGCCGGUGGUGAUGGGGCAGAGGAUGCCGCUCCACCUGCCCCCCGUCCUGCCUAGUGCCCCUCAGGCCCCGCAGGCCCCCCCGGCCCUGGGGCCCGGCCUCGCCGCGCCCACAGCGGGCUUCCCUGCAGGGCCCCGGGGCCCCACCGGAGGGCCCGCUGGAGCAGCCGGGGACGCGGCCGCCCCUCCUCAGGUGAAGUUUGACGACAACAACCCGUUCAGCGAAGGUUUCCAGGAGCGCGAGCGGCGGGAGCGCCUGAGGGAGCAGCAGGAGCGUCAGAGGGUGCAGCUGAUGCAGGAGGUGAAGCCUCGCGGCGUCAGUCAGAGCUCUGGCCGUACAGACACAGACACACAGCUGUUGUUCUUCUCCUCCCAGGUGGAGCGCCACCGCGCCCUGCAGCAGCGGCUGGAGCUGGAGCAGCAAGGCCUGCUGGGAGCUCCGCCAGGGGCCCGAGUCGCUCCGCCGGGGGCCCCCGCAGGGGACGGCCUGUCCCAGAUGCCCUUCUUCAGCUCUGAGCUGCCCCAGGACUUCCUGCAGUCCCCCCCGGCCUCCAGACCUCCUGCCCAGCUCCAGGGGCCGCCCUUCCCCCCGCAGGCCGGCCUCCACCAGGGCUUCACCGCGGGGCCCCUGCACCCCGGGGCCCUCCCGGGGGCCGGGCCGGGCCGGGCCCUCUGCGAGGUGACCAGGCCCCGGCCCUCGGCCCCGGGACCGGUGCGGCCCGCUGGGAUGACCCCCGCCCACCCCGGGGGUCAGGGGCAGCGCUUCGGGCACGACUCCUCCUCCUCCUCCCCCUCCUUCCCCUGCUCCUCCUCCGCAGGCCCCGCCUCCCUCGCCCAGCUGUACUCUGACAUCAUCCCCGACGACAAACCCACCAAGAAGAGGAGCAGGAGGAGGGACGGAGAGGACGCCGCCGGGGGCGGAGCCAGGACGCCGCUGUCCUCGCACUCUGAUGACAUCACAGCCCCGCCCACUCCCGCCAUGUCGGACAGCCACUGCUCCACGCCCACCCGGGGCGCCAUCGACCAAUCAGACGUUUGCUUCUCUCAGGGCUCCGCCCUCUCCGGUCUGGCCCCGUCGUCGGAGCUGGAGAGGCAGCUGUCCGUCAUCUCUGCAGCCCAGCAGAGAGGCCCCGCCCCCGGGCUGGAGGGCCACCGAGGGGCCCCGCCUGCAACUCGCCUGGAGGUCAAGGAGGAGCGUGAGGAGGGAGGAGCCUGUGGAGGGGGCGUGGUGAAGAUGGAGGAGGGCGGGGGGGAGGGACUCUCCUCCCCCUCACCUCCUCACGGGGGAGACGCAGGAAAGGAGCUGCUCAGACAGCUGCUGAGGGACAGAGCUCGCCGGCCACCACGCCCUCGCCGACCGGCCCCGCCCCCCCCCGCCGCACGCCGUCAGCUGUCCAACGACAGCGUCCGGUCGGAGGAGGAGGACGGGCCCGGCGCCCGCGGCGGCCUGGUGAGGAGUCGGCUAGGGAGGAGCGACGUGGCGCCGGCAGCAUGGCGUCCCUCUGACCUGUCUGUCUCCCUCCAGGUGGACAGUCCAGACGUCUCCGACCCGACCAGGAGGAAGACGCAGCGCUGCAAGAGACGCUCCGACAAGGACAGACCUCCUCCCAAAACCAAGAGGAGGAGGAAGGAGGAGGAGGACAGGACGCUCCACUCCUCCUCCACCUCCUCCUCUGACCCGCUGAUGACUCACCUCAGACAGCUGUCGGUGCUGCCCCUCAUGGAGCCCGUCCUGGGGGUUGACCUGAGUCUGUUCCCCCCGUACGGCAGCUCGUCUCUGGGCAGAGACUCCCGUCUGAGUGGCUCCUUCGGUAGCGGCUCCCUGGACGGAGUGACUGAUUACUACUCUCAGCUCAUCUACAAGAACAACCUCAGUAACCCCCCCACACCUCCGGCCUCGCUGCCCCCCACCCCCCCGCCCGUCGCCAGGCAGAAGCUGGUUAACGGCUUCGCCACGACGGAGGAGCUGGCGAGGAAGGACAUCAGCGAGCAGGAAGUGAAAGGUGUGAAGCAGAAGGGGGAGGGGCUUCUGGCUCUAAACCACGCCUCCAAAACCGUCGACGUCCCCGCCUCUCUGCCGACCCCGCCCCACAACAACCAGGAGGAGCUCAGGGUGCAGGAGUCUUCGGGGCGUGUCAGCCCGGACGGCUUCGUGCCGUCGUCGUCUCCGGAGAGCGUGGCGGACGCUGAGAUCAGCCGCUACCCCGACCUGUCCUUCAUCAAGCUGGAGCCGCCCUCGCCCUGCCCCUCGCCUACAAUACCCAUGAUGCCCUGCGCCUGGGGCAAGGGCUCUGCAGUGAAACAGGAAGUGAAGGCGGAGCCUCACCACCAGGCCCCUCCCUCCUGCUCUAACACUGACCUGGUCACCAUAGCGAUCACCCUGAACCCUGUGGCUGCUCAGAACGUGGCGGGCGUGAUGGCGGCGGUGGCGGAGCUGCUGCAGGUCCCCGUCCCCGCCGACUACCAGCUGAGCCGCCCGGCCGGCCCGGAGCGCAGCUCCCUGGCCCUGCUGGCCGGGGUCCGCGUACCGCUCACACAGGGUUCGGGGGUCAUGCGGCAGCAGAGACCUCCAGCUGCUGCUGUCAGGCCUCAGUGCUGCAGCUACUGCAAGGUGCUGCUGGGAAACGGAGUCCGCAUCGUCAAAGAGCUCAAACAGGAGGGUCAGUCCAGACCAGGAUCCAGUCUGGUGUUCUGCAGCCCAAACUGCUCCUCCCUCCACACGUCUGACCUGCAGAGCCCGACCGCUGCAGCCAAGGCUGCUGUCCCCGUCAUGCUGUCGGACUCGGAGCGCCUCCCUCCCAACAGGAUGUCUCACCAGUACACCAGCAACAUGUCGUCCAUCGCCGUCCACUCCCUCCUCCACACGGCCCCCUCGCUGCCCCCCGCCGCCUCCUCGCCGCCGCUCUCCUUCCCUCCCGCCGCCGCCAUCACCCUGGAGACCAGGCCCCGCAUGGACAGCCUCAAGGUGAAGGUGAAGCUGAAGCCCCGCCCCCGGGCGGUCCCUGGCGGGGACGACUCGCUGUCGUCUCGCCACGGGAAGAAGAUGAAGAACAUCCGCUGGAGACGCUGGAGCUUCAGCAUCACCCUGAGCAGGGGCCCUUGCAUCCCUAACGAGGCGGUUGCCGUGCCAACAGAGGAGGAAGUGGACGUGCUGUUGAAGAAGUUCGGGGCGUGUCUUAGACCGGACCCGUCCCCCAAAGACCAGCGGAGGUGCUGCUUCUGUAACCAGCAGGGGGACGGACGCACCGACGGACCUGCCAGACUGCUGAACCUGGACCUGGACCUGUGGGUCCACCUGAACUGCGCCCUGUGGUCCAGCGAGGUGUAUGAGACCCAGGCGGGCGCCCUGAUCAACGUGGAGCUGGCUCUGAGACGCAGCCUGACGCUGCGCUGCGUCUACUGUCAGAGAACUGGAGCCACCAGCGGCUGCAACCGCCUCCGCUGCACCAACACAUACCACUUCACCUGCGCCCUGCAGGCCCACUGCACCUUCUUCAAGGAUAAGACGAUGCUCUGCCACCUCCAUAAGCCCCGGAUGGUCCCUGUGGGCGGCUCCCCCUCCUCCACCCCGGGCCCGCCCCCCGACGCUGCGGCGAUGGCGGCCUGCGACCCGUACGACUGCGAGCUGCGCUGCUUCUCCGUGUUCCGGCGGGUGUUCGUGCAGCGGGACGAGGCGCGGCAGAUCGCCGCCGUGGUGCAGCGCGGCGAGCGGCAGCACACCUUCCGCGUGGGCAGCCUGCUGUUCCGCGCCGUCGGCAGGCUCCUCCCACAGCAGAUGAAGGCCUUCCACAACAAGACCGCCAUCUUCCCCAUCGGCUACAACGCCAACCGCAUCUACUGGAGCAUGCGCCACAGCAACAGACGCUGUAAGUACACGUGCUGCAUCGAGGAGCAGGACGGACGGCCGCUCUUCAAAGUCAAGGUGGUGGAGAAGGGACACGACGACCUCACGCUGACCGGACACACACCCAAAGCUGUGUGGGACCAGAUCCUGGAACCAGUAUCUCAGAUGAGAGCCUCCAGUGGGACUCUGAAGCUCUUCCCAGUUUACCUGAAAGGAGAAGAUCUGUUUGGUUUGACCUCGUCUGCAGUGACCAGGAUCAUCGAGUCUUUGCCAGGUGUGGAGACCUGUGAGCGUUACACCUUUCGUUACGGCAGGAACCCCCUCAUGGAGUGGCCUCUGGCCUUCAACCCUUCAGGCUCCGCAAGAUCUGAACCUAAAGCCUGUCAGACCAAGAGGCCCACCCUGCUGACCAGCGUGGCCCCCCGGUGUCAGGGCUCGGUGGGCUCCAUCGUGGGUUUGGUUCCCGGCGUCAUCGCUCUCUCUCCCGGCGAGUCGGUGGCCGGGGCGCACCAGGGCCGCCACUCCAAGUCAGCCCAGUACCGCCGCAUGAAGGCCGAGUGGAAGACCAACGUCUACCUGGCCCGCUCACGCAUCCAGGGUCUGGGUCUGUACGCUGCCAGGGACAUCGAGAAAUGUACGAUGGUCAUCGAGUACAUCGGAACCAUCAUCAGGAGCGAAGUAGCCAACCGCAAGGAGCGCCUCUACGAGUCCCAGAACCGUGGUGUGUACAUGUUCCGGAUCGACAACGACUUUGUGAUCGACGCCACCAUCACUGGAGGACCAGCGAGGUACAUCAACCACUCGUGCUCUCCCAACUGCAUCACAGAGGUGGUCACUGUGGAGAAGGAGAACAAGAUCAUCAUCAGCUCCUGCAGACGCAUCCAGAGAGGAGAAGAGCUGUCUUAUGACUAUAAGUUCGACCUGGAGGACGACCAACAUAAGAUCCCGUGUCACUGUGGAGCUGUCAACUGCCGCAAAUGGAUGAACUGAACACACAGCUCUCUCUCUCUCUCUCUCUCUCUCUCUCCCUCCCUCUCCCUCUCCCUCUCUCUCUAUCUCUCUCUCUCUCUCUCGGGGCUGAUGUCGAUCGCCCAUCGCUCUGUGGGCAGCUACACUUCAUAUCAGAAGUCUCAGAAUAUAAUAACGAUAAUAAUAAUGAUGAUAAUAAUAAUGAAAGUGAUCACACAGGAUCGUUAUCAGAGAUCAUAAUGAUCGGGGGGGAGGGGCUUAAUGAGGUCAGGGUGUGUGAUUGACAGGUGAGGGGGCGGGGCUUAUGACGAGGCUGGUCCUCUGUGUGUAUAUUGUGUAAAAAUGACCACAGAUGUAAAUGUGAGUGAACAAGCAGAAUGUCGACGUUGCACUAUGAAACCAGAAAACAACAAAAACAGAUCAAUUCCUACAGAAACACACUUGAUUCCUCCUCCCCCCCCUCCUCCUCCUCGUGUUAAUUUCCUGUAAGAUAAGAGGUUUUGUUCUUUUUCUAUUUAUUACUGGAUGAAGCUAUUUUUAAAUCGGCGGUGCGUUCGAGGUCUGGAGUUUCAGCGUGUAAAUAUGUGUAUGAUAAAUUUAAAGAGAAGAGAAAAGGUUUAGAGAUGUGGUGCUCAGCUUGGAGUCCGGCGGUCCCAGAGCCGAUGGGACCCAGACUGUGAACAGACCUGCUGAGGAGCGGGCGGGUUUCACCGCCGCCUUCGUCUGACUUUAGUUUCUUCUUCGUGUGUUUUUCACCCGGCGUGUCGACUGCAGGCGUGUGUGUGUGUGUGUGUUUUCACUUUGUGUUGCGGGGUCCUGCUGCCGUGUACAUAUGAGGUUUUCUCAGGACCCUGAAGUGUACAGAACGACAUGAAGCCUUGUUUUGUUUUUUUUAUUAUUGGACGUAAACAGAGUGUUACCAUGACGAUGUCUGUUUUUUUGUUUUGGGGGAAAUGUGGAACCUGAUUUAGAAUCAUUUACAGAAAAUAAAAUAUUUUACAUCUUGAAG